AAACAAAGCCAGGAGAUUCAAAAGAAAAACCCCACUCGCCCAUUCCAUCCCUUUGUCUCAGUCUCUCAGUUUCAGUGCAAACUAUCAGUUCUUUCCAGUUCCUUGCCGCCGAUCACUACCUGCCCACCUCCAGGUAAUGAUAAUAACAUCGCUAUUAUACAUCUCCAUUCUUUCCUCCGAUUCCCCGCAACUUCUAAUCCCUCCCCGGCGAUUAGAUCUACCAGCUGCUCGUUAGAAUUCGGCUCCGGGCUUUGAUCAGUUCCAAUCUGAAUGAAACCUUUUUGUUUUCUUCCCUCCUUCUCUUGCUUUAAUGGGUUACUGCUGAAUUAGACUUGUAGUCCAAGUUUCGGGUGCAACUCGAACCCUUCUUGCAAGUCAAUUCAAUUUUGUUUUAGGUUCUACUUGCUUAAUUGUUAAGUGGCGGCUGCUUUUACUUCUCUCUUAAGGGCGACGACAGCCAAAGCUGAGAAUGAUUGCUUCCUUUUAAUCAGAUCAUGUGUCUUAGUUUACUUGACAACCUUUCUGCAUUACUUUAAUUCCUCUUUUUGUGGGACUGCAGAGUUCUCCUUCUGAAGCAGAUCCAUGGCUCCAGCUUCAGAUAUCAAGCCCAAAGAUGUUUGCAUUGUUGGAGUUGCAAGAACUCCAAUGGGUGGAUUUCUUGGUUCAUUGUCGUCUGUCCCUGCAACCAAGCUCGGAUCUAUCACCAUUGAAGCUGCUCUUAAGAGAGCCAAUGUCGAUCCCUCCCUAGUCCAGGAAGUCUUCUUCGGCAAUGUACUCAGCGCGAAUUUGGGACAGGCUCCAGCCAGGCAGGCGGCAUUGGGUGCAGGAAUCUCCAAUACAGUCAUAUGCACUACGGUCAACAAAGUUUGUGCUUCUGGGAUGAAAGCAACGAUGCUCGCGGCACAAAGUAUUCAGUUAGGGAUCCACGAUGUUGUUGUAGCAGGAGGCAUGGAGAGCAUGUCGAAUGUACCUAAAUAUUUGGCAGAAGCAAGGAAGGGAUCUCGACUCGGGCAUGAUUCACUAGUAGAUGGGAUGCUUAAGGAUGGAUUAUGGGAUGUUUAUAACGAUGUUGGCAUGGGGAACUGUGCUGAAAUUUGUGCAGAACAGCAUUCCAUCACAAGGGAGCAGCAGGAUGACUAUGCUGUGCAAAGUUUUGAGCGUGGUAUUGCGGCACAGGACAUUGAUGCAUUUGCGUGGGAAAUUGUUCCAGUUGAAGUGUCUGGUGGAAGGGGAAAGCCAUCAACCAUUGUUGAUAAAGAUGAAGGUUUAGGGAAGUUUGAUGCUGGAAAAUUAAGGAAGCUCAGACCGAGUUUCAAACCGAAUGGAGGAACCGUUACAGCUGGGAAUGCUUCUAGCAUCAGUGAUGGUGCUGCUGCUCUAGUUCUAGUGAGUGGAGAGAAGGCACUAAGCCUUGGAUUACAAGUGAUUGCAAAGAUAUCUGGUUAUGCCGACGCUGCACAGGCACCAGAACUUUUCACCACAGCUCCAGCUCUGGCCAUACCCAAAGCAAUCUCGAGUGCUGGAUUGGAUGCUUCCCAAGUCGAUUACUACGAGAUAAACGAAGCAUUUGCAGUUGUAGCCCUUGCUAACCAGAAGCUGCUUAGUCUCAACCCAGAAAAUAUCAAUGUACAUGGCGGUGCAGUCUCCCUAGGGCAUCCACUCGGAUGCAGCGGAGCUCGGAUCUUAGUCACCCUUUUGGGAGUGCUGAGGCAGAAGAACGGGAAGUAUGGCGUUGGUGGCGUGUGCAAUGGAGGUGGUGGGGCAUCUGCUCUUGUUGUGGAGCUUCUCUAAGAAAGAAUCAUUGGAAGAUUCUCAUCAGUUGUAGUUUGUACCCUUUUCUAUUGUUGCUACUCAUUGUUGAUCUCCAAUAAAACUUGUUGAGGUGUAAUUUUCUUUUUAAUCUGAGGUUGUAAGGACCUGGAUGUGAUUAAUCUGGCGAAGAGAAGAGAGUAAAGGAGGAAGACGGAGAUUUUGGGAGAGAAGAGAGCUGUAGCUAUUUUGUUUCUAACUAAAGAGUAAAGUUGUACAGAAGAAUGAGUUGUCAAAGAUAGCCAAUUACAUAAUGCUCUCCCUACUUAUACUUCUCCACACUUUACACGUCACUUCCAGCAGUACAAGUCGCUACGCCAGCUGUGCAGGUUGUUACAGAGGUGUAUUUUCGUUUUCAUUGAAAGGAAAAGUUAGUUUGCUUUAGCCUUCCAGUUAGAGCUUCUCCUGUCUUGAUAUAUCCAUCUCAAAUGGCAUUGGCACAGGGUGGGCAAGUAGCUAGCUUGAGGCAAGUCGAGAUGUGUAAGUUGAAGAAAAAAUAAUUGAGCAAUUCUACCAGUGAGUAAAGUCUUAGUCGAAGA